ACCUGCGAGGCGUGGCCAGCACUAUCAUUGUCUUUCCUGUCACAAAACGCAUGGUGCGCUUGAGGUGCAAACGUAUGAAAGCGUUACUUCUUUGUCUGGAGUCACCUCUGAAAUGAGGCAAGUGCAAGUAAUAAGAUCAACAGGGGAAAUGGGAAAUGGAUCCAUGAAAUCUAAACCACCAAAGCAGCCAGAUGGACAGCUGGUGAACUUCUCCAUCAACUCCUGCAACAAGCUCCGUAAUGCAGACACUGUAAAGAACAAAGUGUGGGAACUAGAGAGAGAACUUAAGAAAAAAGAUGAAAAGCUGAAGAACAAAGAACAAAUAUUCCAAGAGCUGCAGGAACAAAUAAAUAAGCAGAAUAAAGUGAUUGAAGAGAUGGCAGAAGAACUUCGAAACAAAUGUGUCCAACUUAACAAAUUGCAAGAUGUUGUAAAAAUUCAGGGUAGUAACUUCUCAUCCCUAGAUGUGCAAACCUGUCCAACAAAAAUCCUUCAUGCUUUACCACCUAAAUCAUUGCAGGGUUCCCCACUUAAGACCAUUUCUGGUCUGUUUAGCAACAGCAGCAAGAGAAAAGGGGCAAAGGAAGGAGUUUCUGCUGAACCUACCAGCAGAUAUGAUGGAGGUGAUCAUCAAAGAUUCUCAUUAGAAAAAGCAUGUGUUAGGAAAAAUACAAGUGAGAAGAUUCUUAUAUCAGAUGCUCUGAACAAGAACCAGUUUACGAAGAGAAUGGAUAACCACCAAAUUCAAGACAUGGUAGAAUGCAUGUAUGAAAGAAUAUAUCUUCAAGGUGAAUUUAUUAUCAGACAAGGAGAACCAGGAAGCCAGAUCUUUGUAUUAGCAGAUGGAAAAGCAGAAGUUUUUCAGGACAGCAAACUUCUGACAUCCAUCCCAGUGUGGACAACGUUUGGGGAACUUGCAAUAUUGUACAACUGCACAAGAACAGCCUCUGUUAAAGCAAUCACCAAUGUCAGAACAUGGGCUCUAGACCGUGAAGUGUUUCAGAAUAUAAUGAGAAAGACAGCCCAAAGUAAACAUGAAGAAUACCUACGUUUUCUUAAGAGUGUGUCCUUGUUGAAGAAACUGCCUGAUCAUAAGCUAAUGAAGAUCGCAGAUUGCUUGGAACUGGAAUACUAUGAAACUGGUGAUUACAUUAUUCGUGAAGGAGAAGAAGGGAGCACAUUCUUCAUUAUUGCUAAAGGAAAGGUGAAAGUGACUCAGAGUGCAGAGGGUUAUGAAGAACCUCAGUAUAUAAAACUUUUGGAAAAAGGAGAUUACUUUGGUGAAAAAGCUCUUAUCAGUGAUGAUGUCAGAUCCGCAAAUAUUUUAGCAUAUGGAGAAAGAGUGGAGUGUCUUGUCAUGGACCGAGAGACAUUUAAUAAGACAGUUGGAACAUACGAAGAACUUAUGAAAUGUCUUGAGGGAUAUGUAGCAAAUCUGACCCUUGAUGAUGAAAGAAGGCAUGCCAAGAACUCAGUGAAUGAACAACAUCUAAAAGCUGAGUCAAUGGAAUUGAAUCAGAUGAAAAAAGUUUUUGCAAGAUUUCCGUCUGCAUCCCCUUUUGAGAAUCUAGAAAUUGUCACAACACUGGGUGUCGGUGGGUUCGGGAGAGUGGAGCUUGUCAAGGUAAAAUAUGAGAAUCUGGUGUUUGCAAUGAAAUGUAUUAAGAAGAGGCACAUUGUGGAUAACAUGCAACAAGAACAUAUACAUUCUGAAAAAAACAUUUUAAAAGAAGCUUGCUCUCCCUUUAUUGUAAAACUAUACUGCACUUUCAAGGAUAAUAAGUAUGUGUAUAUGCUUCUUGAAGCAUGCCUUGGAGGGGAGCUUUGGAGCAUUCUAAGAGAUAGAGGCAGUUUUGAUGAAACUACUGCUAAAUUCUGCACUGGAUGCGUCACAGAGGCUUUAGAGUAUUUGCAUCAAAUAGGGGUUCUAUAUCGGGAUUUGAAGCCAGAGAACUUACUUCUGGAUUCAGAAGGUUAUGUUAAACUGGUUGAUUUUGGAUUUGCCAAGAAAGUUUUCCCUGCGCAAAAAACAUGGACAUUUUGUGGCACACCAGAAUAUGUUGCUCCGGAAGUUAUAUUAAACAAAGGACAUAGCUUCAGUGUGGAUUUCUGGUCAUUAGGAAUUUUAUUGUAUGAGCUCCUAACAGGAAACCCUCCUUUUACUGGACCUGACCAGAUGAUAAUCUACAAUUUGAUUCUCCAAGGCAUUGAGAAAAUUGAAUUCUGCAAAAAUAUAACAAAACGCCCUGAAGAUUUGAUUUGUCGACUCUGUAGGCAGAAUCCAGCAGAACGACUUGGAUAUAUGAAGAAUGGCAUAGCCGAUAUUAAAAAACACAGGUGGUUUAAUGGCUUUAACUGGGAAGGACUGAAUACUAGGAGUCUGCCUUCUCCUUUAAAACCUAAGCUAAAAGGCCCCACAGAUCACAGUCAUUUUGACAUCUACCCACCAGAUGAAGAAAUCCCUCCAGAUGAGCUGUCAGGCUGGGAUCAAGACUUCUGAAAGAUGUUCUUAUUCUGCUGAUAUUCAUAAAGCUAAGCCUCAGAUUAGGGGUCUUGGUGACUGAUAAGACCUAUGGUGACUAAUGCAAUAUUGAAUGGCACAAAGAGUGUAGCUGGUUUAAAAAAAUGCUAAUAAUAUACUUCUUAGUUGACAGUAUGGGGUGCAGAGAUGGCCUAAUGCUUCACAUUUUAGAAAACAACUACUAAUUAUGUGGCAAAAAACUUUUUCAUACAUUCAGUUAAAUCGUUCAUUUACUAAGUUCACUUUAUCAAUAUUAUUUAUUAGCAUCUAAUCUCACAAUUAAAACAGUAUUUGGCAAAUAAUAUACAGUAGUAUACACAUAAAAUCCAAUAAAGAUUUAUAUGUCGUAUAGUUGGGUUUUUUACGUGACUUGGACAUGGGCCUUAUUUCAAGUCAGUUCAGGAAUUUGUAAAUAAUUAAAGACAAACAUACUCUUUAGUUCAAAUAUUAUUCAUUAGCAUCAGUGAAAGGAUAUCACUUUGAGGAUAGGUAUUUGUGUAUGUGUCACAGCAAAUGUACCACUGGAAGUUGAAUAUGCUUUAACUGCAUUGUGUGUGAGGGUUCUUUUGAUUAUGAUUUGCACAAUCUUCAGUUAUCCAUGCUGUAUAUCAUGUUUUUUUGUAAUGCUUUACUAAUGUACAAAUUGAACUCCAGUUUGCUUUACUAAUAUAUAAAUUGUACUCCAGUUCACUUGAACACUGUUGCUUAUAUUUAAGAAUACUAGCUAAAAUAAAGACAUUUUAAACAUUGA